AAGGGUUAAUUUAAAUGAAGAAAACAUAUUACACUUUUGACGUUCAUUUGACAAAAGCUGGACCGUUUAAUAGUGCCUACAAAAAGCCGCCAUUAUCACUCUAUUCUAAUCAGGCACCACUGAGCCAACCUGCUGUGUCGUUAAUGUUGGGUCCAUCCUCUCUGCAUGUUUGGCCAACAAGGGGACAUCCGUGAUCCGACCUCAUUCGUAACUGUUGUUUUUGUUUUGUAACCAAGUAAAAUGUACUACAAGUUAAAUGGAGUUACACAAAGACUUGCUGGAUCGGCACCGAGUGCGUACAGCCCUCAGGGGUUGAGGGUAACAGUGCCCAUGGAGGCCCCUCCAAUGAUCUUUGCCACCCCCACCAAAUAUGUGUCGGAGGCAGGGAACACAGUGGAGUACCUGGGACACAACAAAGUCCCUGACCUACAGAAACUCUUCCAGAAGUCUGACGGUAUCCCUGUGCACCUGAAGAGAGGCCUGAUGGACAAGAUGCUGUACAGGACCACCAUGGGCCUGACCAUUGGAGGGACCCUCUACUGCCUGAUGGCUCUCUACAUAGCUGCCCAGCCAAGGAAGUGAUCUGCUUAUCCAGCCUCUUCCCCUUCAAGGUUCCAACAGGAUUCUAUAUGAUUAGGAGCAAUAAUGUGGAUGAUGAUUGUGCUCAGACGGUCAAGGAAAGGAAUCCCUUUACUCUCAAUUAUAUGUCCCCUUAUCUUAUUGAUAUGCCUAGUUUCAUGUUGAGGUUUUCAUCAGACUCAAAUAAUCUAUACUUUGUCAAAUUUAAGUCCAUGUCAUAUCACUACUUGCCCUAUCUCACUUGCUCUGUGUUCUUGUGCAAGUUGUGCAUUUCCGCAUGUAUAUCUCUGCUGAUGUCUCGGUAACAACCAGCACCAUAUUAGUGGUACAUAACUAUGAUGGCUAGAGUAUCAACAAUCUACAUUUUUAAAAAGUCUGACCAUGUUUUCUGCCAGAGCACUCCCCUGUGUGUGUGGAAAGAAGUUGAGGUCUCAUGACAUGGAUGACUUUGGGUGCUCAUAACAUGGAUGACUUUGGGUGCUCUUUUGUUCUGGGCGAGAGGGUGGAUGGGGCUAGCACCUUUUUUCAAAGCUAAUAAUGAGGUGGUACUUCAGGUUGUGUGAUAUCAUUCAUUGGUUUCUUUCUGUAUUAAACUCUGCUUUUGAGAAGUCACAUCUGCAUUACCUUAUUUGCAUGCCCCCCCCAAGUCCCUAUUUUUAUGGUGCAGAGGUUGUUGUCAUUUAGUCUGCAUACUAACUGACGGUGUUCUGUAAAAAAAAAGAAAGGGAGUGCACAGAGUAUCUGACAAGUCAUUGUAAUUUUGUCUUGGGAUAAUAAAAGUAUAUUUUGUUUAAAACA